AUGCCACUUCGUUUUGCUGUCGUUUGUUCAUCGAAUCAAAAUCGUAGUAUGGAAGCACAUAACUUUAUGAGUAAACGCGGUCUAUUAGUUAAAUCAUAUGGUUCAGGUCAACAAGUUAAAUUGCCUGGAACAUCACUUGAUAAACCUAACGUAUAUACAUUUGAUACUCCAUAUGAAUUUAUGUACAAAGAUUUAUACAAUAAGGAUGCAAAUUUAUAUACACAAAAUGGUGUUCUUCAUAUGCUUGAUCGUAAUCGUCGUAUAAAAGAAAAACCUGAACGUUUUCAAGAUAGUCGAGAACGUUUCGAUGUUAUAUUUACUGUUGAAGAACGAAUAUUUGAUCAAGUUAUGGAGGACCUAGAAAAUCGUGAUAAACGCACAAAUGAAAUAGUUCAUGUUAUUAAUAUUGAUGUUAUUGAUAAUCCAGAAGAUGCUACACUUGGAGCAUUUAUGCUUUGUGAAUUAGGACAAAAAAUGGAAGCAGCUCCUGAUUUAGAUAAUACAAUUGAUGAAAUACUUACAGAAUUUGAACUAAAAACAAAACGAACAAUAUUACAUGCUGUUUCAUUCUAUUAG